AACUUCCAGUUCCGGUCAAUGCUAUAUAUGUGUUCAUGCGUGGCUCUCCGGGAGCGCGCAGCACGGUGAUCGGUGGUGCUCUGUGUCCCUUGGACACAGCGGAUCACCGAUCCACAGAAAGAGCCGAAGAUGUCGGCUCUGUCAUGUGAUCAGCUGUGUCCAAUUGCAGCUGAUCGCAUCCCCAGCAGUGCCACCUAUCAGUGUCCAUCAGUGCCAGCUGUCAGUGCUCAUCCAUGCCACCUGCCACCAGUGCCCAUCAGUGCAGCAUCAGUGCCACAUAUCAGUGCCUACCUGUGCACAUCAAUGCCACAUAUCAGUGCCCAUCUGAGCUGCCUUUCAGUGUCACCCUUCAGUGCCAGUCAGUGCCACCUAUCAAUGCCAGUCAGUGCCACCUAUCAGUGCCAGUCAGUGCCACCUAUCAAUGCC